UGUUAUGCUUUGAUGGUUAAGCACUUGUGGUUGCUAUUUGCAUGUUUCUUUUUCUAAAUUCAAUUUUGUUUUUCAUCUAUUUCAGAAGACGUAACAGGCCCCCACAAUGGCUCAGGAGAGCCAGGAACAUCGCUCUCAUGGGGGCGCCACAGCCCGCUCAACUACACAGGCCGAAGGCUCCGCAGCCUCCGGCAGUAAUGGCUGAGAUUAGCCAUCCCACCUGGCGACGCCAUGAACGGGGGAGUAACAUACUGCUGAGGGUGCUAGACCCAAAUGGUCACCAACAACGUGUUUACCGCCAAGGAGUGGAAGACGACUCAAUCAUCGAAAUCCAAAUUGCGCCACCCCACCGGCGCCGCAGGCUGGAGAAAGAGCCACAACACGACGAGCUCGCCAGACCUGGGUUCAGAGAGCCACAACACGACGAGCUCGCCAGACCUCGACGUUCGAGGAAAAGGCGAAACAGCGAAG